AUGGACAGCCUCGAAUUUGAUUUACAUGAAUUGAUCCUGGACCAGCUGGCAAGUAUAUUAAGUGUUGAUGUAGAUACAACAAAUGAGGAUGUAUUACGUUUAGCAAAUCGAUGUCCUGAAUUGCCAAUAGACAAGGAUCCUGACAUUGGCAAACCGCAACAAUCUAUCUGCUUUAUAACAAAAUCAUACCUACAAAAUAUAUCAGCAUUGGCUUCAUUUGCCGCAGGCACAUACAAUGAGGUGCACGUGGAUAAAGUUCUUCCAAUUCUUUUGAAUUAUUUGAAAUUUUUCCCGAAUUUUUCUUUCGAAGAUGAUCUACGAUGGAAAGACUUCUCGCCACCAGAUCAACUUUCUGACAAAAUUAUAUCAGAGCUAUUGAAUAUUGCCACAAGAACAACUGCAUAUCGGGAAAGAAUAUUCAAAGAUAUAUGUUCCUUUCUUGGAAGAUUGGGCUUCUUACUUAAAUGCGGAGAUGCUGAAUAUAUAUGUACCAUAGUUCUUCCUUUAUUGAAUGGGAUGUUUCGUGCAAUCGAGUCAUCUAAUUUUCCUUGGCAUUGCAAUGAAUUUGAAUCAUUUGCUCAUCAGUCCCAAGCACUCGUUCAUAAUGAUUGCCUUCAGGAAGUCGGCAAGAUUAUUGAUACAAUAGUUCAGUCUUCAGAUCCUGCACAUCAUUAUACAAAAAAAUUUUUAUCAAGAUAUCAAUAUCAUGGAUAUCCACUAUCUACUAAUGGAAUUAUAUUGGGCCUUACUACUGUGAUGAGAAGCAUGCUUACACGUGCUAUAUUUGUCCUUAGUCGUCCUGAUGAUGCAUUCAGUUUAAUCACAUUCAAAGACGUUUGGAGAAUAGUAGUUUGUAACAAAGUUGUUAUAUCUUUACCCAUUAGUGAUUAUGUAAAGAAAGCUCUGCGAAGGACCUAUGUAAUGUCUUUGCAAUAUUUUGCAGAGUUAUCGACUAUUUUGGAUAAACUUGUUGCUCAAGGCAAUGAUUGUCCACUCGCUCUUUAUGCCAGAGAAAUUAUGGCUGCAAGCUUGGAUGUUGCCGCCAUAGCAAGCGUUUUUCUUCAUGAAGUCGAUGACGAAUUAAUCGGAAAAUUGAAUACGUCUUUAUUUAAUGUUCCACAAACUCCGGAUGUAAAAGUGCAGGCUGCCGCACUCGAUUCUGCAACACUUCUCGCUUUGAAUUUUCCACAGACAACUCAAAAUAUGAUUAAAACUAUUCGUAAAUUUCUAACCACACCUUCAACUAUUUUUGAGUUGGCUGUCGUUGCUGAUAAAAACCUUACAAUUCUGGAGUAUGCUAUUAUUCGAUUAGCUUAUUGUUUAAAGGCUGUUCCUCAAGAAACAUUGUCUGUUAUUUAUAAUAUGCUAACAAGUCUUUCAACAGGUGGGCAUGAGCGUCCACCGGUGUCUCCUAAAAAGUUGCUCGCGCCAAGCAAUUUGCUUUCGCCAGAUCAAAUAUCUAUCCAUAGCUCUAUUAGCGGAAUUUCACGAACCGAAGAACAACGCCAGCAAGUAUGUGAAAAUCUUGUUUGUACGGUUACUGGAGUGAGUUGUAUUUUGAAGGACGAUAAUAUCACUGAAUUGUGUGUCACCAUGCUCAUAUCGCGUCUUCGUAACCACACACCAGCAUUAGAUGCUCUCAUUCUUGAAAAAUUUGUCGACGUUGCUUUAAUAUCUUCAGAUAAAAUUUUUUUGGAAAUUGUGCGAAAGUUUUCUGAAAUUAGUCGCCAAAAAAUAUCAUCCGAUAACAAAAUGAUAACGACUACGAUGGACUUAGCUAAUAGAAUCAGUGCUAGACCAGAAUUUUACGAGCUUUAUUUGUUGAACAUUCUAUCAUUAUUUGUAGACAAAGGCGUUGAUAUUCAACAGACAAUUGCCAAGAAUGGCAAAUUCCAGGUUACAUCAUUGAUAGGUGAAAUUGGAAUAUUGCUUCCGGUUCUCAGAACUCUUUUGUCCCACAAUGAUUUUAAAUUGCAUGUGAACGCACCUAAAGAAUUAGUCAGUCUUUUUCGCGAUAUGUGGUUUCAUUGUGUGUUGUAUGGCUUCGUUUCUGAAGAAUCAUGGAUGCGUGAAUGGCGUGAUUGCUUAAUAAUGAUUGCUCAAAAAACGCCACCACUUGUUCAGGAAAGUGCAACAAAUUAUCUUGAAAAAGAUUUAGAAUAUAAUUCAGUUUUAGUCCGAGGUAACUCUGAUCAGGAAUUUACAAAUGUACGAAAUUCAUUAUCUUCUUUUCUGCCGAAUCGUGCAUAUGAAAUAAAAUAUUUCUCAUUUGCGGAAGUCACAUUCUUGCUCUCGGUGUAUCAUAUAGAAAUCAUGAGAAGCCAAAUGGGUCAAUGCUCCUUUAUUUUAAGAUAUUUUAUUAAUCGAGGCGUAAAUACUAGUAAAUUAGUUGGCUGUAUGGAAGAGAUUGGUAAUAAGGUAAUUGAAGUUUUCAUCGAAGAGUGUUCAAGUAGAGCAAUUGCUCAUACCAUCAACGAAAAUUUCCGCACUCAAGUGCGUAAUCUUAUGAUUGCCACCUGCCAUCGUCUUGGAAAAGUUCAUCAACUUGCCAUUAAACAUCUCGAUAAUGUGAUGACAGCAUUUCCCUCCUUGUUGUGUGAUAAGAAGUUAUUAUUUCUAUUAUUGGAAUUAAUCGAUAUUGUGUGGCAAAGUUGUGAUGCUGAAUAUACAAACGAGUAUUCGCCAAUUUAUACGUUCAUUUCUGUUAAAGUUGGUGUAACACUUGAUUUGCCAGAUUCCUAUGCGUAUCGGCGUGAAAUAUUAUCGCAACUAUGUGAAAAUGCUAGAAAAUGGCUUUCUUUUGUUAUGGCGCGUGCUCCUUCAGAAAUUCGUGGAUUGUUAGAAAACUAUCUUGCAGAAUAUGAUCCAUAUAAUUCAGAUAAUUCAGUACAUAUGGGAAGGUCAAUUGCACUUGAAAUUGCAAAAGGUUUUUCUAAAAAUGAUUACAAGUCAGGAAUAUUUCCAAGAAUUCCGAAUGCUGUCGUUGAUUAUGUUUCUGAGUUCAUUAAAGAUUAUUCUUUAAGGCGCCAUUAUUAUGGCCAAGCAACUGGUGCGCAUCAUUGUUUGGUUUCUGACGUAGGUCAAUCAAAUAAGCAUGAUGUCUCACCGGCUAAAAUAGCUGAUGAUAUAGCAGAAAUUCAAAAAAGAAAAGUUCAUGCAUCAUUAGCUCACCUUGAAAAAAGAAUACUUAAAAAUCAUCAUGUUCCUAUUAAAGAACUUAGUUCUACAUUACAUCUGGCGGCUGGCUUAUUAGUUGCAUUUUCAAAGCUUGAAGAAGACCUUGUUCAUUUCAUUGUUUGGAUUCCUGUAUAUUUAUUUUCUCCCGAAUCUAUUAAAUUGGGCACUGAAAUAUGGAAUUGGAUAAUAAACGAAAAACCUACAUUCGAGCAGAGAGUUAUGGUUGAAAUUGCAGACGGAUGGUCUUGGACUGUACGACAUCGCAAGGGCCUAUUCUCUUCUGCGCUUAACAUAAAAGACCCUUUCGUGAAUAAAAUGCAAUAUGCACCAUCGGACAAAGCCACUAGGGAUAAGAAUUAUAAACUCGCUAAAGAUUUAUUUGAACCACAUUUAGUCUGGAUUCAAUUUUUAUCUGGGCGGUUCCAAGCAUUCCGAUAUAGAAGUAAUGAACUUGUAUACCUUUAUGUAAGACUCUUUCAAAUGACUCUUGAUAAUUGUGAUCAUCAUAGCAAUCACUCGUUAUCUCGAGAAGGUAGAUUCCAAAUACUCAUAAUUGGAUUUAGAAUUUUACAGUCAAAUAAAAUGGAAGCAUCAAUAGAGUAUAACUUCCGCUUAAGGCUUUUUAAAGCUGCUUUCUUAUGGUUUUCUCUUCCACCAAAGUGGGCUUAUGGUGGCAAUAAGAGAGCAAUGCUUAGUGAAUAUAAGCUAUUGAUUGAGGUAUAUAGGCUGGUCGAGAAUGAUAAAAUUGAAUUGAAUGAAGUUUUAGUCACCACACCCAAAAAGUAUUCUCAAUUUGCUUUAUCAAGUCCGCUAAUCACAGCUCAAGAUAAAAGCAAAGAUGAAGUUAUAAAUCAAUUUAAAAAGUCUAAAAGUCUUCUACUACUAUUUCUGGAAAGCGAGAUAAAUAAUAUGGCAACAUGGUGUAAUCCAUUAAAUUCCCCAGACACAAUUAGAGAUACAUUUGUCUCUAGCGCGGAAAAAGGUUUAGCAGAGGAAGAAUGGAAAAACAUUAUACGACAUUCAUGGACAAUAUCACCAAGUUUAACUGUACAAUUGACAGCAAGAUUUAAGCAACCAAAUGUACAAAAUGAGGUUCAUAAAAUAUUAUACAAUAAUUCAGCAGAUGCUAUACGAGUAGCUGAUGCACUUCCCUUAUUAUUAAGCGAUAAAUUGAAUUCUAAUAUUACUUCACAAUUAAAAUAUCUGUUAUAUUGGGCACCUGUUCCUCCAAUAACAGCUACAUCGUAUUUUUCGUCAACUUAUAAUAAUCAUCCCUUAAUUUUGCAAUAUGCAAUGCGUGUUCUUGAAUAUCAUCCAGUAGAUGUUGUGUUUUUUUACAUCCCUCAAAUUGUACAAGCACUACGAUUCGAUAGUCUAGGUUAUAUAGAAAGGUUUAUCUUGGGAGCUGCUAAGAUAUCACAAUUAUUUGCUCAUCAAAUAAUAUGGAAUAUGAAUGCAAAUAUGUAUAAAGAUGAUGAACUAUUAGUUCCUGAUUCAUUGAAGCCAACAUUGGAUCGUAUAAUCGAAACUAUCGCAAACUCUUUAUCAGGCGAAGACAAGAACUUUUAUGAAAGAGAGUUUACAUUUUUCAAUGCAGUUACUUCCAUAUCAGGUAAACUAAAGCCUUAUAUUAAAAAGACAAAGCCAGAAAAAAAGGCAAAAAUUGAUGAAGAAAUGGCGAAAAUAAAGGUUGAUGUGGGUGUUUAUUUACCUAGUAACCCAGAAGGAAAGGUAGUGGAUAUAGAUUACAAAUCUGGUCGACCUUUACAAAGUCAUGCAAAGGCUCCUUUUAUGGCUACAUUUAAAAUACGGAAAGAACGAAGUGAUACUGAUGAAACAAUUGAUGUGUGGCAAUCCGCAAUUUUCAAAGUUGGUGAUGACUGCCGACAAGAUGUAUUGGCUUUGCAAUUAAUUGCAAUAUUUAAGAAUAUUUUCACUAGUGUUGGAUUGGAUUUAUAUCUUUUUCCAUAUAGAGUUGUGGCAACAGCUCCAGGGUGUGGUGUUAUCGAUGUUAUCCCUAAUUCAAUUUCUCGAGAUCAAUUGGGCCGAGAAAAAGUUAAUAGCCUUUAUGAGUAUUUUCUUACAAAAUAUGGUGGUUUAGAUUCUAUUGCUUUUCAUAAAGCAAGAAAUUGUUUUAUUCAAAGUGUAGCUGCCUAUUCUGUUGUAUCAUUUCUACUGCAAAUUAAAGAUAGGCAUAAUGGAAACAUAAUGUUAGAUGAUGAAGGACACAUAAUUCAUAUUGAUUUCGGUUUUAUUCUUGAUAUUUCACCUGGUGGCAUUAAUUUUGAAAGCUCACCUUUUAAACUUACCACUGAAAUGAUUCAAGUUAUGGGGGGAAGUGCUGAAGUUCAACAAUUCAAAUGGUUCUCAGAGCUAUGUGUCAAAGCAUAUUUAGCAGUAAGGCCUUAUGCCGAAAAUAUAUGCCAAUGCGUUGGUUUAAUGCUUGGCUCAGGACUUCCGUGUUUUAAAGGUGAGACGCUGAAAAGAUUACGUGAAAGGUUCCAAUUAGAUAAAACUGAACGUCGUGCGGCUGAUUUUAUGAUUGUGAAAAUACAUCAAUCAUUUGAAAAUAAAAGAACAGUAUUGUAUGAUAGUUUUCAAAAAGCUACAAAUGGAAUACCUUAUUAA